CUAUUUAAGAAUCAUGGCGUCAUGAUAUAUAGUCGCUGAAUAAUAUAAUGCAAGGGCAACCGCGCGCCCAGGAAGCUAGGAACCAAAAAUUGACAGGCCGGCGGCAGAUCGAGUUGCAAGCAAAUUGGUGCCCGGAGACGGACUGAGUACGUAGUCCGUCCAAUGGUGAACGGAGGGUGUGCUACUCCUUCUGGAGAUAUAUUGGAAUUUCUGAAUUACAUUUGGCAACAAUGGAGCAUCCAAGCCAUUGUUGUGGGCAGUCUAGCCUUCCAGAUUGUGCUAAUUUUUGCAGCUCCUUCAAGAAUACGUGCCAAGAGCAGCUCCUGUAUCUUCACUCUCUGGAGCGUGUAUCUGCUAGCUGACUAUAUCGCCACAUUUGGCAUAGCCCUCAUCAACAAUGACAGCAAAAUUCAAACUAUCAGUGAUGAAUCAUCAUCUUCAUCCUCCUCCUGCGGUGCAGUUAAAGACGACAGCGCCAUUGCGGCUCUCUGGGCUCCUUUCCUCUUACUCCACUUGGGUGGACCAGACACCAUCACCGCUUUCGCUGUUGAGGACAACGAGCUAUGGACACGCCAUUUGGUAACCUUGAUUGCUCAGCUUCUCUCGGUUCUACUCGUUUUUUACCGAUACAGCAUUCUGGAGCAUGAUAGGUUCCUAAUCCCAACAGCGCUCAUCUUUAUCGCCGGGGUAAUCAAGUGCGGUGAACGCACCCGUUCCUUGAAUCUGGCGCCUCAGGACAGUUUGAAGAAGUCGAUGCGCGACACUCCUGAUGCCGGACCUGACUAUCCACAGCUUAUGGAGGAGAUGGCAUCUAAGCAGGCCGCCAAUCUUCCCGUCAUUAUCGAUCUUAACCGUGAGAUAGCCAUAGCUGGUAUGGACGAGGAUGCUGAAAUUAAUCUGGAACUGGAAGAGCUUGAAGUUGUAAAGCAUGCGUACAAGUUCUUCAAAAUCUUCAAAGGCCUCAUUGUUGAUCACAUGUUUAGCUUCCUGGAGCGCGACGAGAGUAGGACAUUCUACACAUCAUUAAAGUUUAAGGAUGCUUUUAAGAGUGGUGGAAAUGGAGCUCAACUUCAUCUACGAUGCCAUGUUCACCAAGAUGAGUGCUGUCCAAUGCAUCUCCGGCUACAUACUCCGUUUUAUUAGCACUGCUCUACUUAUA